AUGGCGGACGAGGUCUACGAUGGUGCCAUUGGCAUCGACUUGGGAACCACCUACUCCUGCGUUGCGACGUACGAGGGUACCAAUGUCGAGAUCAUUGCCAACGAGCAGGGUUCUUUCACCACCCCUUCUUUCGUCUCCUUCACCGACAAGGAGCGUCUGAUCGGUGAGGCUGCCAAGAACCAGGCUGCUAUGAACCCCAUCAACACCGUCUUCGAUGUUAAGCGUCUUAUCGGUCGCCGCUUCGAUGACCCUACCGUCAAGAAGGACAUGGAGUCCUGGCCCUUCAAGGUUGUUGACGACAACGGCAGCCCCAAGGUUUCCGUCGACUACCUCGGCGAGACCAAGACCUUCUCUCCCCAGGAGAUCUCCUCCAUGGUUCUCCUCAAGAUGAAGGAGAUCGCCGAGACCAAGAUCGGCAAGAAGGUCGAGAAGGCCGUUAUUACCGUCCCUGCCUACUUCAACGACAACCAGCGUCAGGCUACCAAGGACGCCGGUGCCAUUGCUGGCCUGAACGUCCUCCGUAUCAUCAACGAGCCCACUGCUGCCGCCAUUGCCUACGGUCUUGGUGCUGGCAAGUCCGGCAAGGAGCGCAACGUCCUCAUCUACGACUUGGGUGGUGGUACUUUCGAUGUCUCCCUCCUGAACAUCCAGGGCGGUGUCUUCACCGUCAAGGCUACCGCUGGUGACACCCACUUGGGUGGCCAGGACUUCGACACCAACCUGCUCGAGCACUGCAAGAAGGACUUCCAGCGCAAGACCAAGAAGGACCUCUCCGGCGACGCCCGUGCCCUCCGUCGUCUCCGUACUGCUUGCGAGCGUGCCAAGCGUACCCUUUCUUCCGGUGCCCAGACCACCAUCGAGAUUGACUCUCUCUUCGAUGGCGAGGACUUCACCACCCAGAUCACCCGUGCUCGUUUCGAGGAGCUGAACGCCAAGGCCUUCAACGGCACCAUUGAGCCUGUUGCCCAGGUUCUCAAGGAUGCUGCCAUUGAGAAGUCCGGCGUUGACGAGAUCGUCCUCGUUGGUGGCUCUACCCGUAUUCCCCGUAUCCAGAAGCUUCUGUCCGAAUUCUUCGACGGCAAGAAGCUCGAGAAGAGCAUCAACCCCGACGAGGCCGUCGCCUACGGUGCCGCCGUCCAGGCUGGUAUCCUCUCCGGCAAGGCCACCUCCGCCGAGACCGCCGACCUUCUCCUCCUCGACGUCGUUCCCCUGACCUUCACCACUGUUGCCGACAACCAGCAGACCGUUCAGUUCCCCGUUUACCAGGGUGAGCGUGUCAACUGCGAGGACAACACCUCCCUGGGUGAAUUCACCCUUGCUCCUAUCCCUCCCAUGAGGGCUGGUGAGGCCGUCCUUGAGGUCGUCUUCGAGGUCGACGUCAACGGUAUCCUCAAGGUCACCGCCACUGAGAAGACCUCCGGCCGCAGCGCCAACAUCACCAUCUCCAACUCUGUUGGCAAGCUCUCUUCCCACGAGAUUGAGAACAUGAUCAACGACGCCGAGAAGUUCAAGACCAACGACGAGGCCUUCAGCAAGCGCUUCGAGGCCAAGCAGCAGCUUGAGUCUUACAUUGGCCGUGUUGAGGAGAUCAUCUCCGACCCCACUCUGUCCCUCAAGCUCAAGCGUGGCCAGAAGGACAAGAUCGAGCAGCAGGUCUCCGAGGCCAUGGCUGCCCUUGAGAUCACCGACUCCGCCGCCGAGGACCUCAAGAAGCAGGAGCUCGCUCUCAAGCGUCUCGUGACCAAGGCCAUGUCUUCCCGCUAA